AUGGAGAAGACGGAGGUCGCGGUGGUGGCGGCGCCUGGUCCCGAAAGGCUAGAUUCCGAUGGAAACGCAUCGAAGCGGGCAGACUGCGAUGAGGCCGACAGCGAUCUCAUCAGCAAGCUCCCCGCCGACAUGCUCGCCGUCAUCAUCUCCCUCCUCCCCACCAAGGACGCCGGCCGCACGCAGGUACUCUCCCGCCGGUGGCGCCCCCUGUGGCGCGCCGUGCCUCUCAACCUCGACGCCCGCGCCAAACUCCCCGGAAGUCCAGCACACGCCCACACCGUCCCCGUUUCCGCCGUCUCCACGAUCAUCUCGCAACAUCCUGGCCCCGCCCGGCGGUUCUCGUUCACCGGCUUCCACGCCGGCGACUUCGACGCCGAGAUGGAGAGCUGGUUCCGCUCCCGCGCGCUCGACAAACUCGAGGAGCUCCAUCUGUGCUGCCACACUAGCAUCGAUUCAUCAUCUGGGCUGCCUGAACAGAGCCAACGUCUGCCGCUAUCUGUGCUCCGCUCCGCCUCCACCCUCCUCGUUACCAGGAUCACCGGUUGCUCUUUUCCUACCGAUGUGCCGUCCAUGAAUUUCCCUGUCCUCGCGCAGCUCACUUUGCUCUACGUUUUAAUCCCUGGGGAUGUCUUCCACGGCUUGCUCUCUAGCUGCCAUGCCUUGGAGAGCUUGUACAUGUCCGGAGUUUCUGCUACUACUGGUCGCCUCCGUGUUACCUCGCCGACUCUAAGGAGCAUUGCCUUCAAUCAUUGGCCUAGUGCAAAAGCCGCCCAACAACUGGUCAUCCAGGAUGCUCCUCACCUUGUGAGGCUACUAAUACCUUACGAUUCCCAAGAUGGUUGUGUGACUAUCCGGGUAAUCAGCGCACCUAAGCUCGAGAUAUUGGGCCCUUUUUUUCCCGUCCUCUCCAACCUCAUCGUCUCACAGGGAAUAAGCCCAGUCAGCUCCGCAAACUGGACCCGCAGUGUGAAGGUUUUGGCUCUCAGGUCUUCUGGCUUUGCAUUGCACGCAGUUCUUAAUAUCCUCAGGUGGUUCCCCUCUUUGGAGAAGCUAUAUGUCAUUUUUCGCCCACACAAAUACAUUGAGAUGGAUAAGGAGGAUGACCCGCUGUAUGACCCACUACAUCCAAUCGAAUGCCUUCAAGCCCAUUUGAAACUUGUGGUAUUCAAGUCAUUUGUAGGCAAUGAGAAGCAGGUUAACUUUGCCAGGUUCUUUGUUUUGAACGCAAAAGUGGUCAACAGAAUUGAAUUUGAACUCUUCAAGUACAAGAGUGAAUCGGUGGCUUAUCAGCACCAGCUGCUACAAGUGGAAAACAGAGCUUCUCGAGGUGCUCAAAUUCAAUUUAGGAAUCAACCAGCUCGUAGUGAUCUCGAUGCACACAAGCAUAUCCAUGAUUUGUCAGUGGCCGACCCCUUCAGACAUUGUCAAAAUUGGGUUCGUCCCUGAAGAUUGCACUGUCUUGUGCUCAUUGUGUAGACGUGGUUGAUAUCUGAAGGUAGCAUUAUCUUUUGCCUAUGCCUGAUUUCUUUCUGGUCUGGAGUUCCUAUGUAAUUCGAGUAACUUAUGAAGUCACCCGGGUUAAUAUCGCAGAAGAUGUUUUUUAGAUGCAAAAUGAGUUGGCUGAAAAGUUCUAAUGCAUGUGCCUGGAGUGCCCGGGUGCCGGUGUUCUUAUCUCCGUGUAUUCAUGAUGACUCUUGUAAUGUUCUCUAAGUAAUGUUGCUACCAAAACACAUGUUUCUAUCGAGAAUUGUAUUGCCUAUUCUAUUAUAUAUAUACAAAAGCACAAAAGCUUUUGUUUGA